AAGAACAAACUGCUUCUUACCAUAAAUCCCAUGGCUGCAGGAUGCUUCUGGGGGACAGAUCUAUCGUUCGUUAGCCCUUUACCGAGAAAUAAUCCCCCAUUAAAAGGCUCUUGAGAUGAGCUAGAGCAGCACUGGAUUUUUGCCAGCUGGAUUUAACACACUACAAUGAAGAUACUGGUUUUAACUGGAUUGUUCUCUCUCACCUCAAGUCUUUUCACAGCAGCUUCAGAAUCUUCCCCGAAUAGCUCUGCAAUUCAAACAGUGUCUCUUAUCAAGACUUUUCGUGGCAUUUCGGCAAGAGACUAUGACUAUAUUCCCCCUUACGCUAUAGAAGGGGAGACCACGACCGUUCGUAGCAGGGAGCACAAAUGCUCUUCAAAAAAGCCAAAUGACUCGAUUUUAACAGACGUUAACAACACGACGUUGGAGUACCUGACCAGUUCUCUGAGCACCAAGCUAAUACCUGCCGUCUACCUCGGCGCUGUUUUGUUAGGGGUGCCAUCUAAUGCCGUUAUUCUGUGGAUGCUGCUCUUCCGAAUCCGAUCCGUGUGUACUGCCAUCCUCUACACAAACUUAGCUGUUUCAGACCUGCUGUUCUGCAUCAUAUUGCCAUUCAAAAUAGCAUAUCACCUCAACGGAAACAACUGGAUUUUUGGUGAGAUGAUGUGUCGAACUACAACCGCCGUGUUUUACGGCAACAUGUACUGCUCCAUUCUGCUGCUCACGUGCAUCAGCAUCAGCCGGUACGUGGCCAUCGUCCACCCCUUCGCCUACAAGAGGCUGCCCAAGCGCGCCUACGCCACCGCCGUCUGCGCUACCGUGUGGACCAUCGUCUUCCUGUACAUGCUGCCGCUUUGCAUCAUGAAGCAGAGCUAUUAUGUGAAACAACUGGACAUUUUCACCUGUCACGACGUGCACAACGCCUGUGAAACUGUAUCAGCCUUCCAGUUCUACUACUACAUUUCUUUAGCUAUCUUUGGGUUUCUAAUACCUCUUGCAACUAUCAUUUUCUGCUACAUCUCAAUCAUACAAACACUCAAGACUCAUGAAUGGUUCUGGUAUGUUAAAGUAAGUCUUUUGAUCCUGACAAUCUUUGCUAUUUGCUUUGUACCAAGCAACAUUAUCCUUAUUGUCCAUCACAUCAACUAUUAUUAUUAUAACACAGAUAGGUUGUAUUCUUUUUAUCUAAUUGCUUUAUGUCUUAGUAGCUUAAAUAGUUGCCUCGAUCCUUUUCUUUACUUUCUGAUGUCCAAAAUCAGAAGUCAAUCCAAUAUUUAUCUAACAAUGGUUAAGGUAUCCAGGGAAAAAUGAAAUUAGUUCUGUAUUUAUUAUUGUUGGAAUUAUGAUUUUGUAUAGUGUUAAUGCAGGUAGCAAUAAACCUCAGGUACAACUGGACUUAAAUAAAAACACAUUAAAAAAACAUGAUCCUCUCAGUAAAAUUUACUUAGUUCCAAGCACCAUAUGAGAGGUGUUGUCUGAAAUAAAAUUUCAGAGCUAGCAAAGUUUAUCAGGCAUGUUACAAUAACUGGUGUACUUAGACUCAGGGAAGUAGCUAAGCAUCUCCAUUUUCUUCUAAAAAGCUCAAUUUUACGGCCACGAAGAAGACAGCAUCAACCAUCAAAGCCUCUAAUCGCCAAAAGACAAAGCAAUGCUCGAACAGCACUUUCAGGCCUGUUUAUGAUUUCCAAAUACUUCAGAUGAGCUCUCAACGCAAAAUGACUGCAGGAAUGCUGAUGCAAAACCAACCUUUUUUGUGGAAAUGGGAACAAAUAAAAGCACUUUCUUUGUGUCCAGGGACUGUAUAGCAUUGUAAAAACUCCGUAUCUAUGCAUCCCUAUACAGCCAAGAGCAAAUGCUGCCCUGGAUGAUGAAAAUAAAGAAUCAGAGUCCCUUUAGCUUCCAAGGGCAGUAAAUCCACAAGCAUACGCAGAACCUGAUGCACUUCCAAGGAAGCAACUUCCAUUAGAUAACUUAACCAGUUUGCACGGGAGACUCGUUCUUCCACUUUGUCAGCUCCCGUGCGCCUGUAACCCACAAGCACUGCUGCAGGCUAGCCCUUAUCAGCAGAAAUCCAGGCGUGCUUUAUUCUUGCUUGGUAAGCACAACAGGGAAGUUAUUCUGUAGCAUUUCCUUGAUUUGCACAUCCUCACAGGAAAUACCUACAGUGUUACAAGUACUAAGGGUAGUUAUGAUUAAUUGUCCACCUUAAUAAAGCAAAGAGUUGGCUUGCACAUUUACAGCAACUCAGAAUCUACAUAACCUGAGUGCAAGUUCCUACAAAAUGAAUUCAACGGCUGGUGUUUUGUAACCGCAGUGUAAAAAGCAGUGAUGAGAAAAAGGGAGUUUUACAUGAGUUUCAUAUAGCAUUUUAAGAAACAUUACUUAAAAAUAAAAUCAUUUGCACUGGAAAACAAAAUGUCUCUAAGAAAUUAGAGACUGGUAAGGGUCCUGGCUCCUAAUUUAAAGCCUCAGUUUUGCCAUUUUUGCAAAAUGUACAAGAACAUAUUAAAAUUAUCUUUAAGCCAGAUAUUACACAAUUAUUGUAAUCAUCAUAAAAAUGCCAACUGAACUGUAAAAGCCAACCAUUAUCAAGUCUAUCAUUAAAAAUAAAGUAACAUGGAAACCA